GAGAGGGAGAAAAUAUCAUGCAGCAGCAGCACUCGCGUUAGCCGCGGCCAGAGAGCGUGUAUAGUGCGAGAAAGGAGAGAGGCGUGUUCUGUCUGUCCGCGUUUUUUGACAUUUACUCUCCCCAGCGAACUGGAGAGACACGCGAUUUUCCCAGACGGUGCGUCUAAGUGUGCAACAUCAGACGACGCGCGGCUUAUCGCGAAACACGACUUUUCCUUACGUGUCUGUGAUGGCAGUGUGCGGCAGCUACAUCAGGAGUCUGUUCCCGACGAUCGACGACGAACUCUACCAGUAUGUGGAAGGUAUACUCGACAGUUCCAAGGACGACUUUGAGGACGCGGACGAAGUUUAUGAAGCCAUUGGCGAGGUACUGCACGAGGUAGAGGAAAGGUCAGAAAACGAGGUUAGGCUAAUAUGCAAGCGACUGCUGGAAAUGCUGAAGGGUGGCACAAAUGGAGGCAUAGAGAGGCGAAAAAAUGGCGUAAACAAAGUAUUAAAUGUACCUAUUCACAUGGGAUCGCUGGCCUCGAAUUUGGAGGAGCAGGUUGAUGAUAUAAAGAGUAUAUGGGUCACAACAAGGGAUGAUGUUAUGAAAGUAGAUGCUAAGAAGCUGGAAAAGGCAGAGGCCAAAUUGAAACUAAAGCAAGACAUUCGCAGCGGCGAAGUGACGUCUGCUAAAAACACUGCUCUCCCUGCACUGGAAUCUGCAACAGUUAGCCAAGUUAUUAGUAAAAAGGACAAUAGAAUGGAAGCAAAGGGCGGCACAAAUAGAACUAAUGAUAUUAGGAUAGAAAAUUUCGAUGUAGCAUAUGGAGACAGAGUUCUAUUACAAGGUGCUGAUUUAACGUUAGCCUUCGGUAGGAGGUACGGAUUUGUAGGACGCAAUGGGCUUGGCAAGACGACGUUACUUCGUAUGAUAUCUAGCAAACAGUUACAAAUACCAUCGCACGUACGAGUGCUGCACGUCGAGCAGGAAGUUGCGGGCGACGAUACUUCCGCCCUCGAGUCGGUCUUGCAGUCCGAUCAGGAGCGCAGUGAACUGCUUGCCCGAGAAGCCGAGCUACAGGCGGCGAUCGAAAAGGAGGGCGGCAAGACCAAUGAUGCUCUCGGUGAAGAAUUAGCAAAGGUGUUCGAGGCGAUGCAGAUGGCGGAGGUAGAGAAAGCACCGGCGCGCGCCAGCACAAUCCUCUCGGGUCUGGGUUUCUCGGUGGAACGGCAGACCUGGCCGACCAAGGCCUUCUCCGGUGGUUGGCGUAUGAGACUUGCUCUCGCACGAGCCCUUUUCUCCAAGCCAGACCUGUUACUGCUCGACGAACCUACCAACAUGUUGGACAUCAAGGCCAUCCUCUGGCUCGAGAAGUACCUGCAAUCCUGGCCCACCACGCUACUCGUCGUUUCUCACGAUCGUAACUUCCUCGAUACUGUUCCUACAGAUAUAUUGUACUUGAAAGCACAAAAGAUCGAAUCCUAUCACGGUAAUUACGAGCAGUUCGCCAAAACGAAAGGAGAGCGCGAGAGGAACCAGCAACGCGAGUUCGAGGCUCAGCAGGCUAAACGAGCCCACGUUCAGGAGUUCAUUGACCGGUUCCGUUACAAUGCCAACCGAGCCUCCAGCGUUCAGAGCAAGAUAAAAAUGCUGGAGAAACUGCCUGAUCUCAAGCCAAUGGAAAAGGAAGGCGAGGUGACGCUGCGCUUCCCCGACGUCGAGCCGCUGAACCCGCCAAUCCUGCAAAUCAACGAAGUGUCCUUCCGCUACCCGAACACCAACGACUUCCUUUUCACCAAUGUUUCCCUGAGCGCCUCCCUGCAGUCGCGCAUCUGCAUCGUGGGUGAGAACGGCGCUGGAAAAACGACACUUCUCAAGAUCAUCACGGGUACGCUUAGCCCAACCCACGGUUCCAUCCAUCUGCACCGAAACCUCAAGUUCGGAUACUUUAGCCAGCACCACGUCGAUCAGCUCGAUCUCAGGGUUUGCCCAGUCGAACUGCUGCAGAAUAAUUUCCCCGGUAAACCAAUCGAAGAGUAUCGCAGAAUGUUGGGUAGUUUUGGAAUUAGUGGUGAUUUGGCACUUCAAACAAUACACUCACUAUCUGGAGGUCAAAAGUCGAGAGUUGCCUUUGCGCUUAUGUGCGCAGCCAUGCCUAAUUUCCUAGUACUGGAUGAGCCUACGAAUCAUCUUGACAUUGAAUCAAUUGAAGCUCUCGGCAAAGCUAUCAAUAACUGUCAAGCUGGCGUAAUCUUAGUUUCUCACGACGAAAGGCUCAUUCGAAUGGUUUGUGAGGAAUUAUGGGUUUGUGGAGGUGGCUCUGUUAAAUGUAUAGAAGGAGGCUUCGAUGAAUAUCGUCAAAUUAUCGAGAAGGAGCUCGAGGCGUGAACGUCUCUCGCGCUUCUUGCUUGACACAUUCGUUUCUGUACGUUUAAUUUAAUAAAAAUCGAUGAUUACUAAA